AUGAGGCCGGGUAGUAAACAACGUUCAAUAGUAUGGGAACAUUUUAAAAAAGAUGCCGACGGAAAAAUUGUUAUUUGCCAGGUGUGUAAAAAAGAGUUUAAACAUUAUGGGAAUACAAGUAACUUAAAAGAGCAUUUAAAACGAGUACACCCAAAAACACUUAAUCCAAUUGAAACUAAUAACGACGAUCCGGAUAAUCAAUUACAAGAUGCUCAAAAUAUAUCUAAAUCAACUACUUCUGCAAAUUCCUCUUUAUUGCCAUAUCAGACUACUACUUCUUCACAGUGUUCUGAGCCACCUUCUAAACGAUCUCGUCAACUUACACUUUAUGGUUCAAAAAAAAACUAUUGGAUUAACAGAAAUUGA